UGUAUGUUUACCUCUGCGAAAAGAAAAACAAACCUUCCGUCCCGCUGAUUUGUCGAUUUGACAGUUGCUCUGGUAACGUUAGUAUUGGCAAAGUAAUAAAAAACCUGUUGGGUCGAUUUCCGCAGCUUGGCAAGAAGGUAAAAAGGAAAUAGUAUUAAAUCAGUCAACGAGGAGAAAAUGGGGCGCAAAGUUGUAGUCGCCGUUUGCUGCUUGAACCAGUGGGCUUUGGAUUUCGACGGAAAUCUGUCACGCAUCAUCGCCAGCAUCCAAGAAGCAAAAGUACAAGGUGCUAGUUAUCGCACAGGACCCGAAUUAGAAGUCACAGGAUACAGCUGUGAAGAUCAUUUUUAUGAAGCUGACACUCUUCUACACAGCUGGGAGGUUUUGGCUGAACUAUUAGCCAGUCCAGUAUGCAAAAAUAUUUUAGUUGAUGUUGGCAUGCCGGUUAUGCACAAGAGUGUCACUUACAAUUGCAGAGUUGCUUUUUUCAAUGGAAAAAUCUUGCUGAUUCGUCCUAAAUUGAAACUCUGUGAUGAUGGCAAUUACAGAGAAUCAAGAUGGUUCACUGCCUGGACAAAACUUUACCAAACAGAGGAUUACAUAUUGCCAGAGUUUAUAAGAGAGCUUACAGGGCAAAAAUCUGUAGUUUUUGGAGAUGCAGUCCUGGAAACCUUGGAUACCACCAUCGGUUUUGAAAUUUGUGAAGAAUUGUGGAAUCCCUCCAGUACUCACAUUUCUCUCGGUUUGGACGGCGUUGAAUUCAUCGUCAACGGGUCGGGUUCCUACUUUGAGUUGCGCAAGGCCAACGUUGCCGUCGAUUUAGUCCGGGACGCGACGAGAAAGUCCGGCGGUUGCUACUUAUUCUCAAAUUUAAGAGGCUGCGAUGGACAGCGUAUCAUGUUUAAUGGUGGAUCGUGUAUCGCACUUAACGGACAAACAAUCGCUAGAACGCGUCAAUUCUCCUUAGAAGAAGUGGAAGUUGCUGUAGCCACUGUCGACUUGGAUGACAUACGAACUUACCGCAAUUUAGUCCGUUCUCGAAACAUUGCCGCUGCCCAGAGUCCAUCGUAUCGUCGUAUUCCGGUCGAUUUCAGUCUGAGUGAGUCUUCCUGCUACGCUAUGAGAGCUUCCAGUACCCCAUUCAAAUGGCAGUACCACAGUCCUGAAGAGGAGAUUGCUUAUGGUCCUGCCGGCUGGCUCUGGGACUAUCUCAGGCGGUCCGGUCAGGGUGGAUUUUUCUUGCCUCUGAGUGGAGGUGUCGAUUCAAGUUCCUCGGCUGUUUUAGUUUACUCCAUGUGUCGAAUGGUGGUGACUUCUGUACAAAAUGGCGAUAGUCACGCCAUCGAUGAUGUCCGGCGUAUCGUUGGCGAUCCCAGUUACAUCCCGGACGAUCCUCGCGAACUGUGCAACCGGAUUUUCAUCACCUGUUACAUGGGCAGCGCCAAUUCAUCGGUGGAGACACGGCAGCGGGCAAAGGACUUGUCUGACCAGCUGGGAAGCUAUCAUUUGACCCUGGCUAUCGACGCUGUUGUCUCGGCCGCUCUCAACAUUUUCACAGUCGUCACGGGGCUCGUACCAAAGUUCAGAGUCGAUGGCGGCAGUUUGCGAGAAAACCUUGCCCUGCAAAACGUCCAGGCCCGAAUGAGGAUGGUGUUGAGCUACUUGCUGGCCCAGUUGAUGUUGUGGGCCAGGGGCAGAUCGGGUGGUUUGUUGGUUCUUGGUUCUGCCAAUGUCGACGAAUCUUUGCGUGGCUACCUCACCAAAUACGAUUGCUCCAGUGCCGAUGUUAAUCCCAUCGGCGGAAUCUCCAAAGGGGAUUUGAAGCGAUUCCUAACAUACGCCCGGAAUGAAUAUUGUCUAACUUCCCUGGACACUAUUCUGACAGCUCCGCCGACUGCCGAAUUGGAGCCCUUGCAAGAAGGUCGUCUAGUUCAGACGGACGAAGAAGACAUGGGUUUAACUUACGCCGAGCUGGGUGACUUGGGGCGACUUCGUAAACAGGCAGCCUGUGGGCCUUACACCACUUUCUGUCGACUAAUUCAAAGCUGGAGGGGAGCAGGAACACCAGCUGAAAUCGCACACAAAGUCAAACAUUUUUAUCGCUGCUACGCCAUCAACCGACAUAAAAUGACGGUGAUUACGCCUUCCGUCCACGCCGAGACGUACAGCCCCGAUGAUAACCGCUUCGACCAUAGGCCCUUCCUUUACAACGCCAAGUGGGGAUGGCAGUUUCGCGCAAUUGACGCUCAUUUGGAGCACGUCAACAAGAUGGUCGACACUGAUGAUCGUAAACUAGAUAAUGCGCACAUGCAAUCAGGUAAUUCUAUUGCAUUUUAGUUAAUGGCGAAGAAAAGGAAAUCACCAAAAUUCACAAACUGCUAAUUGUGCGGAUCAACGGGGAGCUUCUGCGUUACCGUCUAGAUUCAAAUUAAUUAAUAAGCCUUUAGAUAAAAGGAGAUUAUCAGCAUAAUAUGGGCUCAACAAAGCCGUCCAUGUAAUUAAUUAUUAGACUGUAAUAAUAAUACCGUCAAAUAAUACACUCCCAGAUACAUCA